AUGAAGAUGCUUCCGCAGACUGCCCCUGAGGUCCAGCAGGCAUUUGAGAGUGGCGACUUUGUCACAAAGGAGACAGCCAGCACCUUCAAUCAAAUUCCCGACGACCAAGCACUGGGGCAUGUAAACAAAUCUGGACAGGUAGCUGUAGGCCUUGUUUGAAUUACAAGGACAGACUCGGCUCAAGAUCGCUGGUGUCUUACCUACAAUGAGCGCGCCAAGCUGUCAGAAGACACCAAAGAGAUGUUUAACGUCUUAGAAAGAGAAUGCACUAGCGCCAAAGAUCUGCGGAAAGCCAGAAUGCGACAAGAUGCAGAGGAUGUAGCUAAGCUGGAGGCGCAGUUUACGAAAUAAGAGGUCUUCCGAUGUACGUCUGACUUAGUUGUAUUUACCACUGGAGAUGUGGCAAGCAACGCCAUUAAACAAGCGUUGGGGAAAUUGGUAAGAAAGUCAUCAAAGAGUUCGUUGAAACCAGGCUAAUGAAGAAAGAAAUAAAGUUCCAUGACACUCUAAAGCAACAGAAGGUGAAAACCUUUGAGACACUUUACACAGUGCCAGUCUCAGUUGAUAAGAGCAAGACAAUCGCCAUGAAAGCAGACAAAGAUCUCUCGAGAAGGGUGAUGGUAGCCUUGGAAUCCGGUCGUGAUGUAGAUGUGAAUACGUUGCUUCAAAGCGAGCUUGCUCCAGUCCCAAAGUCACUUGCUACCUUAGACGGAAGUCUACGAGAAGCAGGGAAGUCGGAUCUUGGUACCAUUUUAUAA